AUGAGCUUCGCCCCGUGGCGUGCCACGGCCUCGGCCUCGAACCCCACACCUGCUGCUUAUCCACCUACUGCGACCCCUGCCUAUAUUCCUGUUCAAGCACGUCGUAGCCUUGCCUAUAACAAACCAGCCCCAGCCACCAACGGAGCCGACAUGACACCAGCGGAUGCAACUCCGCCGCCGCGCGUGCAGUUUCCACCUGCCGUACGAUCGUAUGUGCAACGCUGUUUCGCGCCUGAGAACAAGAUGGCCAGCGUGACCACGCAGGAAAUGCAAGAGAAGCUGAAGUUUGUCAUUACCGAUGCGGCAGAGAACAAUAAGCUCAACACCAUAGACUGGGAGAGAUUGGCUCUCCCACAAGUCAUGAUUCAGAACGAACGCAACAAAAUUCUGGCCAACCCCAACGUGUCGAACUGGGGAAUGUCUACCCCUUCUUCGCCGGUGGAUGCCUCCCGCAAGAGAAAACCGGGUCUCGGCCACGACGCAGAGACGCACCCCUGGACAAAAGCUAACAAUAACACUCGCAACCGGUUUGAAGACCGGAUCACUCACCCUUCCACAGAGAAGAGACCCCGCAUGACAACAGAUGACUCUAGUAAGUCAAAAGCUAAUUUGGAGAUGAGAAAGAAGCGCUUUGAGGGAGCCGGAGCCAACUACGGAUCUGCCUCACCUGUUCCCUCGCCGGCCCGCAGUCCCCCAGUCGACCAAGGACCCGUGAUCGGCCGUUGCCAAACCCUGGAAAAGAACUACUUCCGCUUGACAUCAGCCCCGAACCCUGACACCGUGCGGCCACUUCCCGUGCUUAAAAAUACCCUGGACCUACUCAAGAGGAAAUGGAAACAAGAGGGCAAUUACGGCUACAUUUGUGAUCAGUUCAAGUCUCUCCGCCAGGACUUGACGGUCCAGCAUAUCCGGAACGAAUUCACUGUGAUUGUCUACGAGAUUCACGCGCGCAUCGCCCUGGAAAAAGGCGAUCUGGGUGAGUAUAACCAGUGUCAAACACAACUGCGGGUUCUGUACGCAGCGCAGUUAGGCGGACAUCCGACGGAGUUCAAGGCGUAUCGUAUUCUCUAUUUCAUUUACACGCGCAACUGGACGGCCAUGAACGAUGCGCUCGCCGACGUAACCGCAGACGACAGGCAGGACCUUGCUGUGAAGCAUGCGCUCGAUGUGAGGUCUGCGCUGGCGCUCGGAAACUAUCACCUUUUUUUCCAGCUGUAUCUGGAUACCCCGAACAUGGGCGCGUAUCUUAUGGACAUGUUCGUCGAUCGGGAACGGUUGACUGCUCUGGCUGCUAUCUGUAGAGCGUAUAAACCGGACGUGAACAUCCGCUUCAUCACGGAAGAGCUUGGCUUUGAGUCCGAUGAGCAGACCGCGCGGUUCAUUCUUGAAAAUUCCUCGCCCGAGUUACUCGAGGAGAAAAAUGGGUCUGUGAGGCUGCUGACCGGAAAAGCAGGCCUGCUAUUUGAACAAGCCAAGGCUGCAGCCCACGCGGUGGUCGACAUCAAGGGCCAGAUCUAG